AUGGAUCACGCGCUGCAGCUGGGGUGCGCCGCGCUGGGCUCGUUGGUCGCUUCGUCUGUGAGGCACCCGACUUGCGUGUGCGACUGCACGCCGCCCGCGCCCGACGAGGGCGUCCUCGAGCUGCUGGGUCAGCAUCUCCAGCGGUGCGGGCCCGAACGGCUCACCGUCUGCCCAGAGGCUGCGGCCUGCCCUGUGGCGCCCGAGUGCCCUGGGCUGCUGGGCCCCUUGCUGGCCGCCUUCGCGGGCGGCGCGCUGGUGGGGUGUGUGCCGGCGGUCCUCGUCGUGGUGAUCCUCGACGUGGGCGGAGCCCGGCAGCGGGCUCGGGGCGUGGCGGCUCUCCAGGGGACCUCAGCGUGCCUGUCGAUCGAGCCGCCGCCGACGGGCGAGGAGCCACCCGCGGCGCUGUCCCUGGAGGAGGAGGCCCGUGCGCAGCUCAAGCAGGUUCCGUUGGCGCAGGAGCUGGGGGCCCAGAGGGAUGCCUUGGCGCGCCAAUGCCGACUUCCCCCGCCUGGGCUGCCGCUGGUGCCGAACGUCGGGUUGGCGAUCGCGUCCUUGGCGGCCCCGCUGCCCUUGCCUCCGCAGGUCGAAGGACCACCGACGCCCCGCGGAGAGGCAGGGGCUCCGGCUGGCGCCGCCGUUGGCGAUGGGCUGGGCGCGGGCCGACCUCCAGGCAGGUGGGUGACCGCCGAGGAGCGGCAUGGCAUCGCGCGGCUGACCCCCUGGGACGCCCCGCCCGCCGCCUGCGUGGUCGGCGACCGCGCCCUGGUCCAGCACGCGGGGAGGCCGCUGGUGCUGAUGCAGGUCACGGACGAGGCGGCCCGAGGGCCUGCGGGUCCGGAGCCGGGCGCCACGCCAGUGCGGGGGCCCCCCCGUGAGGAGGGUGACGACGACCUCCGCACGCUGUCCGUGGUGUGGCAUCGGAUGAACGAGCGACACCGCACCUGGGAGAGCGUGAUGGAGAACCUCAGCGAGAAGACCUUCACCGACUGGCCGCUGAUGGGGCCGCAGACGGCCGCGUGGCUGCGCCGCCACAUCCGCCUCAACGGCGGGAGCCCGACGGCCUUCUUCACACUAGUGGUGCGCGACAUGAAGAUGGCCGAGAAUGGUCGAAGUGCCCACGAGCUCGAGGUGCUGUUCAAUGUGAUGGAGCUGGCGGGCACCGUCGACCAGCUGAACAUCGGCAACCUGGCGUGCAUGGAGCUGGUGGGCAGGAGGGUGCAGCUGAUCAUGGACGCGGUGGCGCCGCCGUCUGGGAAGGCUCCGAGCACUUCAUGGGCCUCGGACGCAGGGCGCGAGGUGCAGGAGGUCGCGCGCAAAGACGUAGGCUUCCUUGCCUCGCACUGCGCUGACGCCGCUUUUGCCGCGCCUUCUGAAGCAGCUCGAUCGCUUCUCCGGCACAAAGCGGGCCGCGGCCCGUCUGACAGCCCAGCGCGCCCGUUCGUGAAGGGCCUCGCGUCGUUGCCAGCCGACGCAGCCGACUGCCCUUUGGCGGCUGAGGUCCUGGGCGAGCGAGAGCGUUCGAUGCUCGAACGGCUGCCGAUUGAUUUUCUCCGCGAUGAGGAAGAGAUGAGGGCCGCGCAGAACACCGCGUAUAAGGUGCCGCGCCUAUGCCCCGAGAGUGCCCUCGAGAACCGCUCGUGCAACGCCGUUUUCGACACCGAGGGGAUGAGCUUGGCUCAUUACGUAUAUGUCGACAACGUCGGGGUCCUGGGCUUGGAGGCGAACGAGGUUCAGCAGGGCCGGGAGGCCGCGACCAGGGCUCUGGACGAAGUCGGAUUGAUCAUACACGAGCUCACCACGCGUCUGACAAUGGUCUCCCUCGCCCUGGUGAAGCCGCCGGAGGACGCGCUGCGGGCGGGCCGGGCGCCUGUGGCGCGGCCGAGCGCGGAGCCUUCGGCCCGCCGCCUGGCCUCGACGCCCCUGCCUGGCCCGCCGCCAGAGGAGCGCGUGCUCCUGGCAAAGACGGCGGGCCAGCCAGAGAGCUCUGCACAGACGGCGGAGGCGCGGAAGGCAUGUGCCGUGGCCGAGGGUAGUUACCGGCGAUGCACGGAGCGCGCGAGAGACUUUCAGAACCACGUCGGGAUCCGGAAGUGGAACGAGCUGAGCGACCGGGACCUCGACGCCCUGGUGGUCGCCCGCCUGGAGGAGAUGUUCUUGGGGGGAGCCGCCGGCCACCACGGGAGCUACAUGCUGGCGGCCCUGGGGGCCUUCUCACCCGCGCUGGGGCGACGCGGCGAGCGGCAGCUGCCGCGAGCACGGCGCGCCCUCGUGGGAUGGCAAGGGCUCUGCCCAGGGCGCAGCUCCCCGACCUGGUCAGUCCUGAUCCGACCAAGGGAGCUCAACAUCCCCACCAAGACCAGGGACUUCGACGACUCCGUGCGGUGGGGCGUGCCCGAGUUACAAUGGGUGACCCGCUGCUUCGAAAAGUGGCGGGCGGCCAAGGAGACGAAGGUGUGGGCCUUCGACUGCAGCGACCUGGCCCGAGAGAUCCGCCACGCCGCCGAGGCCCUCGACAUCGACGACCUGGUGCCCUACUCCGUGCGGCACACAGGGGCGUCGUGGGACGUCGCAGUGGGUCGGAGGUCGCUGAACGAGGUGCAGAAGAGGGGCCGUUGGAGGUCCCGCCGCAGCGUCGCCAGAUACGAGAAGGCCGGCCAGGUCUCAAAGGGCUUCCUCAAGCUACGGCCAGACGUGCGACGAAAGAAGCAGUGGUGCGAAGCAAAUUUGGAGCUGGUGUUCAUCAGGGUCCCGUUUGCUGUCGAGAACCCGCAGACCAGUUUGUUUUGGAAGCUGCCAGAGAUUGCCCACCUCACAUCCACUAAGAAUAGCUACCGGAUGAUUACCGACCUGUGCCAGUGGGGGGCCCCAUGGAAGAAACCGACCACCGUCUGGUUCGCUUUUUUCGACAACUUCGUGGCGCCCUCGGAGCUCACCGCGCAGCUGCCGCUGCUCCUGCAGCUCGCGGGCCCCGGCGCCGAGGCGGAGCGGCCGGCGGAGGCCUCGCAGGAGGCCCCGCAGGAGGCGCAGGACGCGCAGCCUGGCGGCCUGGGCCACGGUGUUGAGGGCGCGGCUCCGCCAGAACGCAGGCGCCCGAGCGCCGCGUUCUUCCUGUGGCUGCGUGAGAACGCCGCGUCCCUCGACGAG